UGGGGAUCAGCCGUCUUCAUCAUUCUUAUUUGAGAAGCAAGCUUUGCUUCUUUGCAUCAAUGGCGUCUGAUGGGUCGUCGUCCCAACUCCUCCAAUCGCCACCUGCAAAACUCGGUCCCCUCUCCCUCGUGACCAACUGGGUGCGGCCAUUGUGGCGCGCCUCGCCUCGCCGUGCGCCGGAAUCCGUCAAACCGGAGGCAGCAAAGGCCAAGAGCCUGCAGCAGGGGAUCGCGGAGUUCUACGACGAGUCUUCCAGGGCAUGGGAGGAUAUCUGGGGAGAGCACAUGCACCAUGGGUUCUACCAGCCGGGCGAGAAAGCCUCGCUUUCCGGCCACCGGUCGGCGCAGUUGCGAAUGAUCGAGGAGGCCUUGUGCUUCGCAGGCGUGCCAGGUGAUGAGAAAGGGAGGCCGAAGAGGAUUGUGGAUGUUGGGUGUGGAAUCGGGGGCAGCUCCAGGCACCUCGCCGGAAAAUACGGGGCAAGAUGCCGGGGAAUAACCUUGAGUCCCUUUCAGGCACGAAGAGCCAAUGAACUUUCAUCAUCCCAAGGGCUCGGAGAUCAAGUGUUCUUCCAGGUUGCAGAUGCACUGGAGCAGCCUUUUCCAGAUGGGAAGUUUGACUUGGUUUGGUCCAUGGAGAGUGGAGAGCACAUGCCUGACAAGAAGAAGUUUGUGAACGAGUUAGCGCGAGUCGCCGCUCCCGGAGCAACGAUCAUCAUCGUGACGUGGUGCCACCGGAAUCUGCUGCCCAAUGAGGAGUCGCUACAGCCGCAGGAGGUGGAGCUGUUGGAGAAGAUAUGUGAUGCAUUCUAUCUUCCUGCAUGGUGCUCUGCUGCUGAUUAUGCUAAAAUUGCAGAAUCCCUCAACUUGGAGGAUAUCAAGACAGCAGAUUGGUCUGAGCAUGUGGCACCAUUUUGGCCUGCUGUCAUCCGAUCAGCGUUAACCUUAAAAGGCUUCAUUUCCAUGCUUAGAGCUGGAUGGAAAACCAUGAAAGGAGCAAUGGUGAUGCCACUAAUGAUCGAAGGCUACAAGACGAACCUCAUAAAGUUUGCCAUAAUCACAUGCAAGAGGCCUCUAUACCAGUAGCGGAGCUACAUGCGGGCUGAUGUAGGCCGCCCCAUGCUAGCCAAUGCAAGUCCUUGAAAAAGUUUAUUACGAGGAAGCUGGACCUGGUUCCAUCCAGAUGGAGCGCUCACGCCAGACUCCUGUCAAUGCCCCAUAAACACCGAACCUACUAAGGUUAAUGUUCUUUGGAUAAAAUUUUCUGGCUCCGCUACUGCUCUAUAACCAACUUAUUGCUCAAACAAAUCGAAUAUCCUUAUAGUCAUUAUUUGUUACCAACAUCAUGUAUUGUAUG